GAAUGGAAAUCUCCAAUGUAUUCAUAUGAGAAGCUAAAUCCAACAAAAUCCAGUAGACGCCACAACCUGAUAGUCCCUAAAUACACAUAUCUAGCCUCAUCGAGAUUGUUCUUCAUCAACGCUGUGAGACUCUGGAACAAUAUCCCCGAGUCCGUUAAAUCUAUACUGAAUAGGAGUAACUACAAGGCGAUAAUACUUAAUUACUUCAAGUCUAUGUAUAUUUGCGAGCUCUGUGGUGUUUAUGGAGAAGGAACCUUCGCGGGGAAUGUGGCUUUUCCUUACAUCAUUGUGAUCAAUAACAUUUCACAGUUUGUUGCUAUGUACUGUUUGGUACUCUUCUAUAAAGCUAAUAAAGAGGAUCUUAAACCAAUGAAACCGAUACCAAAAUUUCUUUGCAUCAAGGCAGUGGUGUUCUUUUCAUUUUUCCAAGGCGUAAUAUUGUUCUUAUUAGCUUACUAUAAUGUUUUGCAACCUUUUUUCUCACUUGGAGACGAUACGAAUUUGGCGUCAAUGCUGCAGAAUUUCCUGAUUUGUAUUGAGAUGUUCAUAGCAGCUGUCGCGCACAUCUAUAGUUUCCCGCAUUAUCCAUUUCAUAUUAACUCGCCUCAAUAUUGGAACAACCCGAAUCAUAACUGGUGUCGUGCUUUCCUCUCUAUGAUGGACAUCUCCGAUAUGCAACAAGAUGUUACUGAGCAUUUGGGAGUAGUAAGCAGCUCGAUUAGUCGACAUUUUCAAGGCCGCAGUAACUAUCAACCUCUACCGCGGGGAACACGUCGUUCCAGUAGUGAGACGGAAUACUUAAUGAGCAAACGCCAAGAUGGUAACAGCAAUUCAGAGCGUAUGGUAACUGGCAUGCCGACAGCGAGUACCACUGUCGGCGAUGUCAUAGUAGUUAGUGGCAACAGCAGCGCUGUUGGACAAUCAGGUAAUAGAAAAAAAAUUUCGCAUUCCGCUAGUAAACCAUUGGCUAAAGUCAAUCGCUACGGAGCUACAGAUAAUCUUGUAUUGCCUGAUGGCGAGAUCGCACUAACCACUGAUUAUACAUCUCACAUCCACUUAGCAGGCAUACGCUCAGGACACCACAACACAUCAGCUAAAACUUCGUUUGCCGUUAACACAGCAGCAGCAGCUGGAACGCAUUCCAAUUUUGGCAUAAACAUACAAAAACGUGAAGUGCACGCUCGAGAAUACUCACCUCAUCAACUAUACGGUGGCCCUGUACCUGUUGGCAAUAGCUUUUUGCAGGCACGCAAUGUUGUUCCACAUUCCAGCAGUAUUCUCGAUACGGACGACGAUUUCGUUUCGCUAAUGGGGGCUGAUAGAUGACAUCGUGAUCGAGAAAGUAAAUGCCCCAGCCCAAAUUACCAUCCAUCGGCAAUCGAAUCGACAGCAAUAUCUGUAUCCGCGUCGCUGGAUAUAUGUAGUAGUCUUAAACUAUCGACACGUGGUAGCAGCAGCAGCAAUUCCUCUGAUGGGCUAAGCACAUCCUGUUCUGAAGAUAAUGACACUGAUAGCGACGACGACGGUGACAAAGAUGAUAACAACAUUACCCUAAGGGACGUUAACGUUGCUGGCAAUCGGCAGGCGGGUGUCUUUGGGGGAGAUAACCUUGCUGCUGGUGGAUAUGUCAGUUUUGCUGGUGACGAGCAGCGUGAACGCAAUCAAACGUUACUAGGCAACGCAACGAGACGAUCACGACCUACUACCAACGAGCACAUCACAUAGAUUACGCUGCGGCAUCGAUACUACACUUUUCUUAUUAUUUGUUUUAUUAUGCUUUCUUAUGCAAUUUAGUCAAUUAUCAAUGAUACUAUUUUCGAUUUAUAUAUUAUCGACUAUUUGAUGCUUUCGUUUCUUUACUAAUGUUUAGAUUAUUUGCAUAAAUUGGCUAUUUCGGAGUCAUAGUUGACGGCUGUUAAAACCUUUUUACCAUUUCCAAACUGAGACUAUUUCAAAUUAGUAAGGUAAAAAGAAGUGCAUCGCGUAUUAUAUAACUUUUAAUUGUAAAUCCAACAUUUAGAAGAAAUCUCAGUCAUUAGUAGCGAAAUUGUGUGGCCUUUCUUAUACAUAAAUAUUAAAAAAAUAAGAAAGUGUUAUUUUCUUACCAAGUAAAAAUACUGCGAAUAAAUUACUUAUAAAAAGAAACUGCUUCUAAAGCGAA